AUGCCCACCCCUGCUCCGUCAUCUCCACCCGGCUCGCCACCGGCCCAAGCAGACAGUUACCCUGCGCCGCCCAAGAACAAAGGCAGCGCACCCUUUUACGUCCUCGCAGCACUUUUUGACAGACUCCAGAGCGAGCGCAAACCGGACAAACGGCGGAAGCUUGUUGCGUCUUGGUUCAACCACUGGCGCAAGGAAGUGGGCAUGGAUCUAUAUCCUGUGCUAAGACUGAUUCUUCCACAAAAAGAUCGCGAGCGCGCCGUUUACGGGCUGAAAGAGAAGGCCCUUGCGAAGCUAUACAUUAAGCUCAUCCCUCUCGGCCCGUAUGACCCUGAUGCCAUCCGAUUGACGCAUUGGAAGAAGCCCAGCGACCGCGGGAGAACGUCGGGAGAUUUCCCCAUGGUUCUGUACGAGGUAAUCAACAAGCGUUCAUCGAUCAUUGAAGGCUCGUGCUCCAUCGAAGAGAUCAACGAUUACCUUGACAGAAUAUCCCAGAGCAUGGGCAAAUCCGAGGCGCAGUGGCGAAUUCUUCAAGAUAUAUACAGUUCGACCACUCCUGAAGAGCAGAAAUGGAUAGCUCGAAUUAUUCUGAAAGAUAUGAACAUCUCCGUAAAGGAGAACACCGUCUUCAGCAUAUUCCACCCUGACGCCCAUGAUCUCUUCAACACAUGCUCAGACCUGAAGAAGGUUGCAUAUGGGCUGUGGGACCCAGAACUGAGGCUAGGCGAAGAGGAAAAAGCCGUUCAGCUGUUCCGGUCUUUCGCCCCAAUGCUCUGCAAGCGUCCGACAAAAAGGAUAGAGGACUCCGUCAAAGAGAUGGGAGGCGGCACUUUCAUCAUCGAAGAGAAGCUCGACGGGGAACGCAUGCAGCUGCACAAGCGCGGCAACGAGUACUUCUAUUGUUCAAGGAAAGGCAAAGACUACACAUAUCUAUACGGCAAACAUGUCGGGACCGGCAGUCUCACGCCUUACAUUGAUGCCGCCUUCGACGAACGCGUUGACGAAAUCAUAUUGGACGGCGAGAUGCUCGUCUGGGACCCUGUUUCAGAACGGAAUCUCCCGUUCGGUACCUUGAAGACGGCCGCGUUGGACAAAUCAAAGAAGGAGCAUAAUCCCCGUCCUUGCUUCAAGGUUUUUGACCUUCUGUACCUCAACGGGAUGUCUCUACUCAAUAGGUCCACGAAGUUCCGCAAGAGGAACCUCAAGUCGUGCCUGCAGGAGAUCCACGGGCGCAUCGAGUUUACCGGGAACGACGUCAGAAAGCGUAUGGAGGAGAUCAUGGCGAAUCGGGGAGAAGGACUGAUCCUCAAACAUCCCGACUCCCAGUACAUCCUUAACGGCAGAAACAAAGAUUGGAUUAAGGUCAAGCCAGAGUAUAUGUCGACGUCCUGGUCGUCGGUAUGUCCAGACUGUAUCCAUCUUUCAGUAUCAGUCGAUGACGCCUUUGCAGCCGGAAACUACGGAUCCGGACGACGAUCCGGCGGAGUCUCCACUCUCAUCUGUGCCGUCAUCGACGAUCGACGAAGGCUUGGUGCCGACGAAGAACUGAAUGGCACUAGGUAUAGCACUUUCGUGCGCAUCGGCUCUGGGUUCUCCUAUGCUGAUUACGUUUGGAUCCGCCAAAAACCAUGGAAGCAAUGGGGUGCCCAGCCGCCUGCGUGGCUGCAAGUGUCCAAGAAAGGCACCGACGACAAAGGCGACCUCUACCUCGAGCCCGAAGACUCCUUCAUCGUCAAGGUCAAAGCAGCCGAAAUUACGACCACAGACCAGUACCAUCUCGGAUUCACCAUGCGCUUCCCACGCGCGCUGCACGUACGCGAAGACCUCACCAUAGCCGAUUGUAUGUCCGCUACUGCGGUCAUCGAGACAAUGCGGUCUGAGAAGAAGCGCAAGAUGGAUGACGCGGAGGGGGAGGCGGCGCUGAUGGCACUGGUACAGCCCAUGAUUCUUCCAGAGUACCGAGGCAUCAAUGUCAAGGAUGUCAAAGUCGAGUCGCAGCUCUUCAAGAGCUUCAAGUUCAUGGUCUCUUCGGAUCCGAAGUCACGCAGUGGUGCGAGCGACAAGAAUGCCCUUCUGCAGAUGAUCCACGCCCACGGCGGGAAGUUCCAGCUGAUGGCCCGCGACGAUCCGGAUUUGCUCAUCGUCUAUGGCGGCAAGACGACCCCAUAUGACCUCAAGCUCGUCAUGAACAAGGACAUCUGCGACAUCAUCCGCCCCAGCUGGAUCAUCGACUGUACCGACGAGUUCCAGGCCGCGCUCGACGAAAGCAUGGAAGAACCGGAGGCACACGGUGACCCCGAGGACGACCGCUCCGUCACCCUCGGCACCGCGGCGGACGACUCCGACACCGAGCCCGAAGAGGACGAGGACGAGACGGAGUCGGCGCCGCCUCCGCGAACGCUGAGCACGCCCAUCCGCGGCUGGUUCGACGUCGGCGCGCAGGAUGACGCUUCUUCGGCUGCGUCCUCGGACAAAGGGAAGGGGAAGAACAAGGCGGAGAACGGGUCCGACUCCGGCAGCGAGACGGAGGUGGACGAGCUCGAUGCGGAUUCGGAGAACGAGGACUCGCGCGGGGACGCGGACGCGUUCGACGACGACUGGGAGCAGGUCGACCGCGCAUCGCAGGCGAGCGUGAAGGCAGAGGAGGCGGACGAGGACGUCAAGAUGGGCGUGGACGACGGCGCGAUGCACUACGACGAAGGCCUCAUCUUCAAGCAUCUGUGCUUUUACGUCGACUCACCGACGAACGCCCGCGCGAACGGCAUGACCACGAAGGGCAAGCACGAGGCGACUAUCGAGAAGCACCUCGCUGAGAUCUCAAAGUCCAUCACCGAUCACGGGGGCCGCGUCUCCGGCCUCGAUGACUCCAAGCUCACGCACAUCGUGGUCGACAAGCGCGACGACAGUCGGCGGCAGGAGCUCAUCAAGCGCACAUCGAAGCCGAAGCGGCGCCACGUCGUCAUUGCCGAGUUUAUCGAGGCGUGCCUCGAAGAAGAUACGCUGCUGGACGAGGAUGACUUUGUGCCAUGA